GCCAUUUCUCCGUAAGCCAACAGUAAGGACGUUAGCCUCGGAGCCUCCGGGCAGCGGUGGCGGUUUUCUAGAAGAUCUCGCCCCAACAUCUCACCGCAACCAGCAGCCAUGAGCAAUAAGGAAUGCUCCAAGUAUGGACGCUCUGGUCACUGGGCCCGGGGAUGCCCGAGGAAAGGGAGCCGAUGCCAAGGAGGUAAAAGCCGCAGUAGAGCCACUCCGAGUACCUCCACCAUGCAAACUGACAUCUGUUACCGCUGUGGUGAGUCUGGUCAUUAUGCCAAAAACUGUAACCUUCUCGAAAACAUCUGCUACAACUGUGGGAGGACUGGCCACAUCGCCAAGGAUUGUCUGGAGCCUAAACGUGAGAAAGAUCAGUGCUGUUACAUCUGCGGCCGAAUGGGUCAUCUGUCUCGUGAUUGCACCCAUCUAGAAGAACAGAAAUGCUAUUCUUGCGGUGAAUUUGGGCACUUCCAGAAAGACUGCACCCAAGUUAAGUGCUAUCGAUGUGGCGAGAAUGGACACGUGGCCAUCAACUGCCAUAAGGGAAGCAAAAUGAACUGUUACCGGUGUGGUAGGUUUGGACAUUUAGCCCGAGACUGUAAGAACGAGAUUUCCGAUUAACAUUCGUCCGUUGGCUUACUCCCCUCCAUCCACUUUGCUAAUAUAUUGUUUUCUGUGACAUCAGUUCACUGACUAAGUACUCGGUAGCUUGUGGGUCAUCCUCAGGCCAGCCAUCUUCAAUCAAGUACCAUGCUGAAGAAGGAAAGGGCUAGGA